AUGGUUUCUUCUGCAGAAAUCGACGGGAUUUGGGUCAAUCCUUGGGCUUUUUAUAGGCACGGCUGUGGCGUGAGUCCCGAGCCCAGCAGCACAGUUGGCAGCAAUUUUACUGAUCCUGAAUAUAGAUUUUUGACCCUUGUUCUAGCCUCUUCUCAGCUCAGCUUCUAUUUCGUGACCGGCAGUGAGAUUCGAUGGGACGCCGCGACAAGUGUUGGCAACGACCCGGCCGGAAGAAAGUUGAUGUUGAGCGGACUUAAAGCCUUUCUAGUGGCAGCGACAAUGCUUUUGAUGGCUUCAUUUCUCUGUAACUCGAUAAUCUGGACUGUUUUCCACAGCUGGCUCUCCGAUAUUUUCAUUGUCCCGUCGGCUGGGAAUGGCGACGAAGAACAAUUACUCGAAACCAAGCAACACGUUUUCCGGAAAAAUCGCAUGGUCCGUAUAUGGUCGACCUAUGGCUUUCAACGUUGGACUGAUGUCUAUCCUCGAAUUCGGUAUAAUGAGUCCGGGAUUAAUGUCACAGCAGAGCAAAGCGCCCCUCAGAAAAACUAUUACAGCCCGAUCAAUGACCCGCUUCGCAUCACCAAUCUGGAUCAGAAGUUGAUUGAGCCACUGACUCAAGCACUCAAAGACCAUGACGUUCCAAUAACUCAUGUGGUGCUUGUGAUGAUGGAAAGUGCCCGAAAGGACAUUUUUCCUUUCAAAUCUGGAUCGCACUUACACAACGAGAUUAUAUCUUCUUACAAAACGAAAACCGCUGACGUGAUCCAGCAGCUCAAUGCAAGGCUGUCUCAACUAACACCCAUUGCCGAGAAGCUCACCGGAGAGUCAGGAAACUUCCAUGCAAGGGAAAACACUUCUGUGUCUUCUUUAUGGGAGGACACAGCGGGCCCUGGAAUGGGUGGUCUGAAUGUGAACGGUAUUACUACGGGCAGUAGUCUUUCUUUCAAAAGCGCUGUUGUCAAUCACUGUGGAGUUGGACCACUUCCGGUCGACUUCAUGGAUGAGGUCAAAUCGGAGAUAUAUCAGCCUUGCCUGAUGCAAGUAUUGGAAUUGUUUAACCAAUUGAAGGAAAAGGCCACACCCACAACUACCGGAAGCCAUCCUUCUAAGACGAAUAUGAGCAACAUUCAGGAUCGCAAGUGGAAUUCUGUGUUCGUGCAGUCUAUUACUGGGCUAUAUGAUGAUCAGAACAUUCUCAAUGAAAAUAUGGGAUUCAAGGACGCUAUAUAUCGUGAAGGUAUCGGUCAUCCUGGCGCGAAAUAUUAUCAUCAAGAUAUGGAACCUAUCAAUUAUUUUGGAUUCUCGGAACGGGAAAUCUACCCGUAUUUGCAGGAUGUGGUGAAAGAUGCCAUCAAGAAGAAUCAGAGACUGUUUCUCUCACACUUUACCAGCACCACCCACCAUCCCUGGGCGACGCCAAAAGACUUUGAAGAUGAACAAUACUUCGCAAGCGAGAGCCUGAUGGGAAAGCAUGAGGACAUGAAUAGUUACUUGAACUCCGUCCGCUACGUGGAUACGUGGCUGGGGGAUAUGCUGAAGAUCCUGGAUGACACGGGCAUUGCCAAUGAGACGCUGGUUGUUUUUGCAUUUCAAGAAGACUCCCCGGUGACUGGGUGCUAUGAAAAUGGACAUAUCAGUAACUUCCGCGUCCCACUGGUCUUCCGGCAUCCGCUGCUCCCGAAGCUUCAGAUCAUAGCCAAUGCAACAUCUAUCUCUAUCGUCCCCACGAUUCUGGAUCUGUUAGUGCACACAAAAUCCUUGAAUGCAAAUGACUCGGCGGUUGCAUUGGACCUUAUGAAUGAGUACGAGGGACAGUCCCUCAUUCGGCCGUAUCAGGCCAAGCAUAAUGGAAGACAGGCGUGGAACUUCGGUAUCAUCUCCGCCGGAGGUGAGAUGCUGAGUGUUGGGUCGGCAGCUGUCCCAUACCGUCUCAUCCUCCCAUUGACGCCGGACUUCGAGUAUAUCUUCUCCGAUCUGGAUACCGAUCCGGAUGAGAUGCACACAGUGCGUGGAUGGUCAGUUGAUGGGCUAAUCUCCCGUGUUCAAGGUAAACAUGGACCACAAGCCGGUCAAUGGGUGGCGGAGGCGGCCAAGGUAGGCAAGUGGUGGGUGGCAGAGCGCAAGCGUUUGUGGAACUACCACGGCUCAUAG